AUGUCAAUCUCAUUGAUACACCAGGUCACGCAGACUUCACACGGCGCAGUAUGCAUCCUUGAUGGCGUAGCCGGCGUAGAGGCUCAGACAGAAAAGGUCUGGUUACAGUCUGGACAGUAUAACAUUCCAAGAAUCAUCUUCGUCAACAAGCUUGACAGAGUCGGUGCUGCCUUUUCCCGCACUGUCAAGGAGAUAGGCGUAAGACUGCAUGGCUGGCCCGCAGUGUGCCAAAUACCAUGGUGGAGAGGCGGGAACGGAGACUUCACCGGUGUUGGCGAUGUAGUAAAUCUCCGAGGUAUGCUGUGGCAGGCUGGAGAUGGAAGAGAUAUCAAAGCAUUUAGCCUGGAAGAGCUGGAGAAAACCGACAAAACUUUUGCAAACGAGAUCAAGAAAGCAAGAGUAGCCCUUGUGGAGCUUCUGAGCGAGCAUGAUGAUGUAAUGGUCGAACACUUCCUCGAGCACGACGAAGACCAUCUUGCUAUCUCCGGAGUUCAGAUCAUGCAUUCGCUGCGUCGAGUGGUGUUACAAGCACCGCAAAACGUCAUCCCCGUCUUUGCAGGUGCAAGCUUCCGAAAUAUUGGCGUACAGCCGCUCCUGGAUGCAGUAGUUGAUCUCUUACCGUCUGCUCUAGAACGACCGGAUCCAGAGAUCAGUGUUGCGAAUCAAAGCAGCACACUUGCUGUGCUCUUGAGCUCUGGAGCAGCUGCAAAGACUAGUAAACCAACUCGCAAGCAGGAUAAACCAUCCUCAAAAGGCAUCGCCAUCGCCGAGGUCAAGAAUCUGCAGGCUUGUGCUCUAGCCUUCAAAGUCGUCAAUGACGUGAAACGUGGUGUACUGGUCUAUGUUCGUGUGUACUCGGGAUCCAUCGACAAGGGUUCAACACUGUACAACACCAAUCUCCACGUUGCAGAACGCGCCCCUCGCCUGCUGAAGAUGAUGGCCAACGAUGCGGUCGAAGUUGAUAGUGUCGCGGCAGGUCAGAUUGGCGUGAUCACAGGUCUGAAGCAUGCGCGAACAGGCGAUACACUGCUAGUCUACCGCGGUCUACAGAUGAAAGGGGCACCACCUGGCGGGCUUGACACGCUUCAGUUGCGACCAAUCAAUGUUCCACCUCCCGUUUUCUUUACCAGUAUCGAACCGCACAGCCUGAGCGAGCAGAAACACGUCCAAGAAAGCUUGGCUGUCCUGCUUCGUGAAGAUCCUAGUCUGCAUCUCUCUGUCGACGAAGAAUCUGGACAGACACAUCUAGCAGGCAUGGGUGACUUGCAUCUUGAGAUUGCACGAGAUCGUUUACUCAAUGACUUCAAGGCAAAGGCUCGCAUCGGCAAGAUCGAGAUCGGGUACCGUGAAGCCAUCACCACUGCAGCACCGUCAUACACACACAACCUCGACAAACCAAUUGCAGGAAAGACCGCAAAAGCAACCAUAGUAGCAUCUACCGAACCAAUCGACGAGAGCGCCAUCGUUCCCGGGAUGCAAGAACAAGUCGAGAUCGAAGAUGAAGACGGCACUUUCGAAACAACAUACAAACUGCCCGACAACAACACUCUCCACAUCUCGCACCCCAACCUCUCUCGCCACGACUCCGCAAGCCAUAAAGCCAACAUACCACCCCACCUCUCCCUCCCAGGCAUCCUCCACUCCAUCCAAGCCGGCGCCUCCGCCGCCCUCGCCCGCGGCCCCUUCAACGGCUUCCCCGUUGCCAACACGCGCAUCCACAUCGACCUGGACGCCCAAACCCACCUGUUCCCCGAGACAUCGCUAACCGCGAUAUCAAUGGCUACACGCGCGGCUGUCAACCAGAACCUCCGCACCGCAUGCGCCGCGGCGCCCGCAGCUCUCCUCGAGCCCGUGAUGAUGGUAACCGUCUACGUCAACGAAUCCUCUCUCGGCGCCGUAGUCCAAGAUCUCUCGUCCUCGCGUGGCGGCCAGGUUUUAUCACUCGAUAGCGCCGACUCUGCCGCCACAUCUGGUGCGGAUGAUAAAUUGAUCAUCGAUCCGAAUCUGAUAUACACGCCGCCUGACCCCUUCGCGUCUGGCACAGGCGAUAUGGGCUCUAGUCUCGCGGACAGCCAGAGGCAGAUUGUGGCGAGGGUGCCGUUGAAGGAGAUGGUGGGGUAUCUGAAUCAUCUCAGGGCGUUGACGGGUGGGAGGGGCACGUUUGUCAUGGGUGUGGAUGGGUUUGAGAAGAUGGGGAGUCAGCGGCAGAAGGAGGUUUUGGAUAGCAUGCGAGAGUUUUGA